AUGAGUGUGCAGUACGCGUUUAUCGCAUUGGCUGCCGCCGCGGYCGUCGUUCGAGUCGACGGAUACCACGACAUCUUGUCCAACUUGUACGAUUGCGGACCGACGGUGGACUUAGAUGGGUGCCUCGAACGCCGAUUGGCACAAACCAUCGAUGAAGUAUUGCACAAGAACGAGACUUACAGGCUGAACCGGUAUAUAACCGUUACCGUGGUCGGUAACCGCCGCCAAUAUCCUGCAGGCGACGAAUUGGCCGAACGGUUUUUGGACUUUUUCAACGCGCUGCAAAUCCAGUACCGACCGGAAGAAGAUGACGACGGAUUGACCGAUGACGUUUUUGAAGGUCGUAAGAAAAAAGGAGGCGUUAAGUUCAAAAAGCACAGUAAAUAUGGCAUGAUGCUUGGAUUCAUGUCGAUGGGCAUGACCAUCAUCGGUGGUCUGUUCAACAAAAUGAUGAUGGUCGGCGCGAUAUCGAUAGCCGUAAAAGCUCUGAUCAUAGCCAAAAUCGCAUUGCUCCUGGCCGGCACCAUGGCGAUAAAAAAGCUGUUGAGCAGUGGCGUCGGUGCAAGCAUGGUCAGCGCCCAGCCAUCGUGGAGCGGCGGCGGAGGAGGUGGAAACGAACACCACGGCGGGUACCGCAGGAGUUACGACCAGCAUCCAAGUAUGGCUACAGCCGACUCGUUGGCUUACAGGAAUCAAAUAGACACGUACAGCAACGCACAAUAUACCCAGUAGUCUUGCGAUGUAUGAUUAGUUACCAGAGGUGGAUUAAACGGUUUAAAAUAUAAAGUCAGAACAUCCAUAAGAGGAACUUCGUGAAAAUCGUAUCAGUAACAUAAGGCACUUUUGAAAUUGAUGUUCCUAUAUUAACUUUACCUAACAAUGGCAAAUGGUAUUGAAAUUUGUAAUAUAAAAUGUAUUAUGUUAUGGAAAACAGGAAAACAUUUAAAAACAAAUUAACUCAAUCGUUUAGUUUAACCCCACCCAAGUACGUAUACACAUUAGGCGAGGGCCUGGUCAGUAUUUGCCUAMUAAAAAACCGUUAAAUCCACCACUUUUAGUCGCAUAACGUCAAGUGUAAAUUAUGUUAUUAUUGUAGUUGAUACGAACAUAGGAUGUUAAAUCGUCGCUUCGUGACGUCUUAAAGUCCCCGAUGGUGUACACAUAUUUUUGU